UGGACUUCUUAAAGAAGCAAAAUAAUCAGAGGUGUUUGAAUUCUGGGUUUGGUUCAACCACAAACUCUGUUCAAUUUUCACAAAAUCAACAAGAUUUACAGAUGCAACAAAUGUCGACAUUUCCUGGUCCUCAAAAUUCCAAGGAAUUGAAUUAUCAUAUUCAAGAUCAGGAUUCCUCGUCUACUCAAUCAACGAGUCAAUCAUGUCCUGAAGCUGCUAAUGAAGGAGAAAGAAAAAGCCACGGGAAAAGCAGUAUGCCUUUGCAAGCAGGUGAGAAUAUUCACUUUUGUUCUGCAUCUUUUGAGAUUCAUAAAUAGAACACUUUUAAGUUAUGUCAGAGAAUUUUUGAAACAAAGUAAGCAUGUUUGCGAUUAGCUUGUUUAUAACUGUUUUCUCUAUAUCAAUUAGGAGAAGCUAAUUGAUAGGAGUGUAGAAGAGAAAUUUGCAAAUUGAUUGUUUAGUAGGUUGAUCUAAUUAAGUACUUCCAUGUUGUUCCUCCAAAUCUGAUCGGUCACAGCCUUUUAAUGUGGUGGAUUGUAUGUUCUUAUUAGCCUGCUAAGGAGGCACCACAGAAAUAAACUUGAAAUGUCGAUACAAGGCCUGUACUACAGAUUGCUUCACUUGUUUUUUGAGUUAGAAUAGAGAGCUCAUUUCUUGAAAGUAGGUUAUAAUUCUAUUGCUAGACAGUGAUGAUUGAACAGACUGGAGAAAGUUAUCUCUUUCAAGCUUUAUUGCUUUGGGGCGUAAUACCCGUACACCCCCACUUAAGCAUCGAAAGAUAUACGCAAACUAAAUGUUGUGUCAUGCUGCCCCUUCAUUUCUCGUUCCUUUAGAAGGGCAGACAUUCUUAAUAUCUAAAUCAUCUAGCUAUUUCAUGACCCACAUGAUAUGUAAGGUUGAUUAUGUUGUAUUUCGUAUUUGGCUUACUAGCUGUUAGUGAGUUUGGUUAUUUUAAACAGCCACAGCUCUCCUUUUCCCUCAAUUUUCACUUAUUUCUUUUCUGACUUCUGCAUUUUCUUAAUCUGAUCCUGUGGAUAUCUGCUUGGACCACACCAGGCAGUGUUAGAAGUAGUGGGAAGUCCGAUGAUUCCCAAAGUGUGUCAAGUCAAGAGCAUGGUUGGACUUUCGAUAUGUAUCAGAAAAAUUUUGCUGUUGUUCCUUUUCCUCAUCCGGAUCCUUACUAUCACGGUCUAGUUGCUGCCUAUGGAAAUCAAGCCAUGGUUCAAUCCCAAAUGUUAGGCAUGGUUUCUCCUCGCGUGCCACUUCCGCUUGACCUUAAGCAAGAUGAGCCUAUAUUUGUCAAUGCUAAACAAUAUCAGGCUAUCCUCAGGCGUAGACAGUACCGUGCUAGGCUGGAGGCUCAAAACAAACUCUCUAAAGGACGGAAGCCAUAUCUCCAUGAGUCCCGGCAUCUUCAUGCAUUGAAUAGGGCUAGGGGACCCGGUGGGCGCUUUGUCAAUAUGAAGAAGACUCGAGAGUCCAAAUCCCCUGAUUUGAUCAAUGGUCAAGACAAUCAGGUAUCUGAUGAGCUGCAACUCGACACAAAAAUGUUGGAGCCCAAUGUUCAUCAAUCCAGAAGCUACUCCACACCAGUAUACUCUGGAAUCACUAGUGGCUCGAACGGUGAUGCUAUUUACCAUCACCAAUCAUUUAAGUACUCCGCCUUCUCAGCGCGUAACAGAGGGACCUCACAGCUGGACAAAGAGAAGAAAGAUAACACGAGCAAUCCAUGUUUUUGA